AUGUCGAGGAACGCGGACAGGAGCACACGGCGGGCCACGGAGAGCAGAAAAACGUGUUUCGGAUUACGCUUCGCUCGGCAAACGGUCGAAAUGAAUAAUAUUGGUUUACCUAGUUUAGGUGGCACACUAUUAAAAAUUAGUGCAAACCACGAUGUACUGAUACGUGAGCACGACAAAGUCGGCAAAGUCGGCAAUGACGUAGUUGUGAGCGCGGCCGGGGGUUUGAAGUUUAAACGGCGGUUGUGCGGUAGGUACGAAUAUCGUAUUGCCAAGUGUUAUCAGCGCAGUCGUAAAAGUUUUCUUGAACCGGCUUCAGCGCCUCCGACCAGUAAAUUGUCCCACGACGGUUAUCGCAGGCGACGUUCUGCCUUAUGUCGGCAUCGUAAAUUCGCAAAAGACAAUAAUAUAAAAUAUUCAACUGGGCAAGCAGAUUAA